AACGGCGAUGCGCGCUCCCGACAAUAAACCUCUGACGCCUUCAUCCGGGAACUACUACGAACUCGUUCUCCAACAUGGCGGCGUCAGCUAAGAAGAAGAAUAAGAAGGGGAAGACCCUCACCCUGACUGACUUCCUGGCUGACGACAAGGGAACCAGUAGCAACGCUCCCCCUAGCUACCCAGUAAAGUCCACUAGCUGGGCCGAUGAGACCGAUGACCUGGACGGUGAUGUCUCGACCUCUUGGCACGUGGAGGAGGAUUAUUCCCGGGCAUCAAACAUUGACCGGUCCGUCCUUCCGACAGCACCUCGCUCAGCGCGUGAACCCGAUGUGGACCGCUCCCGAUUGCCCCGCAGCCCGCCUUACACGGCCUUCCUGGGCAACCUGCCCUAUGAUGUCUCUGAGGAAUCGAUCAAAGACUUCUUUCGUGGCUUGGCCAUCAGUGCAGUGCGUCUGCCCCGGGAGCCCAGUAACCCUGAGAGGCUGAAGGGCUUUGGUUAUGCCGAAUUUGACGAUGUGGACUCCCUUCUGAGGGCCUUGAGUCUCAAUGAGGAGAACCUGGGAAACCGAAGGAUCCGUGUAGAUAUUGCUGACCAGUCUAAUGAUAAAGAGAGAGACAAUGGGUCUAUGGGAGGCCGGGACAGGGGCGGCCGGAUGUCGGACCUGGGUCCUGACAAGACUGACAGUGACUGGAGGGCUCCUCGCGGCAGCACAGAGGCUGAUGAUGCACCUCCCAAGAGAGAAGAGGCCUUUGGAGGAAGUACUGAUGCUGCAGGAUCACGGGACCGCUAUGAGCCGGACCGCUUCAGAGACGGGCCGCGGCGGGACAACGACCGCUAUGAUGGAGGAAGAGACCGCUUCCGUGAUCGCUAUGAUGACCGGGACCGUAGAGACUUCGAUAGAGGAGGUUUUGACUCUCGUGGUGGUGGAGCAGGAGGAAGUAGUCGUCGUGCCUUUGGCACCGGCUUCCGCCGCGAUGAUGACUUUCGGGGUAGCAGUGAUAGUUACGGUCAACGGGAACGUUACGGGGGCAGCGAGGACCGGUUUGAGAGGAAGGAGGAGAGGCGCGAAGAGAGAAGUGACGCCGGUUCCACACAGAGACCCAAGUUGAACCUUAAGCCCCGUAGCAUGCCCGCGGAGGAGGGAGGCAGUGCUGGAGGCGGCGGCAGCGGUAGUAGUGGCGGCGGCGGUGGUGGCGGUGGCGGAGGUGGUGGCGGGGGAGGUCCUUCCCCAGCUGUAGCUGCACCUCCGAGCUCCGGCAGCAGGGCUUCCUCCAUCUUUGGUUCAGCCAAGCCGGUUGACACAGCAGCUAAGGAGAGGGAGGUGGAGGAGAGGCUGAAGAAACAGGAAGAGAGACUGCAGAGGCAGCUGGAGGAGGACAAAGGACGAGGACCUGACCGAAAGAUUCGAGACAGGGACCCAAGCUGGCGCAAUGAAGAAAGUCAUCCUUCGAGGUCUCGCACAGGAAGUGAGUCUUCACAGCAAGGAAGUACUUCUGGAAGAGGCUCCAGGUGUCGAGAUGGUGAGCGCUCUGGGGAGAAUGAGGUUUUCAGUGCGAGAGAUAGUGAGCCCUCCUCCCCUGGGACCUCCCCGCUGCCCCCCUCCACCAACUCCCCCAAGGAGCUGCUGAAGGUGGUGCCAGCGCCUCCUCCCAAGGAGAAUGUCUGGGCCAAGAGAAGUGCAGCCAGCACAGGCUCUAGUGAGGGGGACGGACGACCUCCGGUCUCUCCCGUCUCCCCCGGUGGGUCGACUCCUCCCAAGCUCAGCUCCCCAAAUUCUGCGGAUGAAAGAGAAUCUGAAAAAGAUGAGAACAAGGCUGACGUUAUGCGUCGUGACCGGGGGCCCCCACGAGCACGAGGGGGUUCUGCAGGGCAUGGAGCAGGGCGGGACCGAGGAGAAGGUCCCAACAGAGACCGAAGAAAGGAGGCAGACAGAAAGGAUAUCAGAAGAGACCGAGACUCCAGACCACCCCCAGAGCCAAAGAAAUUCCACGAAACCCCAACCCCUAAGUUCAGCUCAGCGAGUAAGUACGCCGCUCUGCUAAUGGACGGAGACGACGCAGAGGACGUAGAAUAGAGAGAAAAUAACGAGAAGAGGCCCGACAGCGCAAUACGAGGAGAAAAAAGACAACCGCUGGAAGAAAAAAAAUCUCACAUAGCUUACGAAAAAAACUCCUCACGUGGAAGAGGCUCCCGGGAGGACAUCACUCCCUCCUUCCUUUCCUCCUACAAACCUGUCCUUUACUUUAAAAAUACCCCCCCAUCCUCCCUCCCCCGCCCCGCCUUCAGGACUAUUCAGCUUCUUAAGAAUAGUCACAUACUGGACUUGUUUUAAAUGGGAAAAAAGGAGUAGCUGACACAUUGAAAAGUGAUGGAUGACCAUGAAUUAAUUGUAAUAAAUAAAUGGAAAAAGUGGGGAAAAAAUGAAUUUGUAUAUUUGUGGAUCUACAGUGGGGGGGAUGUUGGAUGAUAUGACCGGAGAUACAGUUUACCAAUCUGAUUUUAUUCAUUCUAAUCAACUUUUGACCUAUCUAUCUCGGUAAUGCCCAACAUGAAUGCAGAACUAUUAAUUAUAAGCCCUUUUUAUUCAUAAUUAAGUCGGUUAUUACAAAUCUAUUGAUUCUUUUUUUUAUGAAACUUGAUGAAGAAUACUCUGACAUGAUUGUUGAUGCUGGUUACUAGUAAUUAAAAAAGAAAAGGCCAGCAACAAAAUGUUGAAUUGAUGCUAAACUGAGUGAUGGUAUUGAUGAUGACUUGUAUGUUGAAAGAAAAUGGCUGAAGAACCAAUUAAGUCCUACUGCUAUUAUCCCCAAUCAUUGUACUGAUGUCUCUAUUACUACACACAUGAUGAAACAAUAACAUCAGUUAAAGGCUUGUAAUGCACGUUUCCAGCUGUCAUAAAGAUUCUCCACAGCUGUCUCAAUCAUUCACUCUUCCUGAAGUGAGGAAUACAAAUAUUUAGGCGAAGUCUGGAGUUGCCUUUAGCAGGAUGUGAGUACUUCCACAAGAUUACAUGAACCUGUCAUCCAAUUUGCAAUAAAUUGGGGUCAUUAUGUGCA